CUGAGAUCAAAGACGAAAGAGAGAAAGGCAUUCAUUCAGAAGGGCAGAGCAACCGGCCGGCCGUGGGAGAGGAUCGACUUCGAGUGUUGGUUAGCUUUCCGGCGAGAACGAGUGAGCAAAUACAAUGGCGCGCGGCCUUCUGGAGGUGCAUCUGGUCCACGCCAAGGGCCUCUCCGGCACCGAUUUCCUCGGGAAGAUCGACCCGUAUGUGGUGGUGCAGUACCGGUGCCAGGAGCGCAAGAGCAGCACCGCCCGAGAUGCUGGGAGGAACCCGAGCUGGAACGAGGUGUUGAGGUUCCAGAUCAACUCCUCCGCGGCCAACGUGCAGGAUAAGCUCUUCCUGCGGAUCAUGGACCACGACAACUUCUCCAGCGACGACUUCCUCGGCCAAGCAACGAUCAAUGUGACCGACCUGAUCAGCAUGGGCAUGGAGAGCGGCACGUCGCGGCUGAACCCGGCCAAGUACAGGGUGGUCACCGCCGACAACUCGUACCACGGCGAGAUCAAGAUCGGGAUCACCUUCACCGCCGCAAAGGUUGAUUCCCAUUGCCAGGUUGAAGAAGACGGAGCACAGGUUGGGGGCUGGGUACACAGCUUUCGUGAGCAGAAGGUCUGAGGGUCCUUCGGUCGUGCAUAAUUAGCCGUGCUGGAUGUGGGCGUGGCUGCUACGUCAACGGCAUCAUAUGCCUUUGAUUAACUGAUGUGAUUCCAAGUGUAUGUACGCUCCAUUUUGUAGCACUUUAGAUGUAUAGUCACAACAGCUUAACUUAGCCAAAUUCAUUUAUGAUUAAGAUUCUUUUGAAACACCAUACAUUCUACAUUGUUGGA